ACAACAUCCGUCUGCAGCGAUCGAUCGACAUUCAGUAGCUGCACCAGUGUCUGGAAUGAGCGCACGCUGCUGAACAGGUUUCCUUUCUGUUUUUCUGCAAAACAGCGAGCUGACUGCUGCUACCGAAUAAUAAAUUAUGCGGUGGAAAUAUGUGGGUCGGGUGCUGGUGGCAGGCAUUAUCGCGUUUAUUUUUUUCAUCACCGUGCCAUGGCAGUUCUUCGGGCCGGUACAGUUUGGCUUCUUCAUGGACGAAGUGCUCGGGCAGCGGGUGACGGCGGCCAGGCGAUUGGCUCCCGUGGGCCAGUGCCCCGGGGAUUUCGCCGACUGGCCGGGGAAUUUCGUCUAUGUAACGGUGAAGACCACGGCGGCCAACCAUGCCAACCGGAUUAAAUGGCAGAUGCAGACGUGGGUUCCGCUGGCGCUAUCCAUCCGCGGGAAAAACAACGAGAGCCUGGUCAAGGUUUCCCUUGUUUCGGAUGCGGUGGACUCUUUACACAACAUUAACGUUGGUGGACGAAUGGUAAAGACCAGCUGUCCCAGUUCCCAUAACAAAACCGAUCUGUGCUGCAAAAUGGCCGCGGAAUUUGAUCUGUACCUAGCCGAGAAGAAGUCUUCACAGUGGUUUUGCCAUGUGGAUGACGACAACUACGUAAACAUCUUUAAUCUGCUAAAACACCUGCGAAAACUGGACUCCAGCGUGCCGCUGUACAUAGGAAAAAGCUCGAGAGGCCCAACAAAACUAAAAGAUUCUUUAUCUGUGCUACCGCUGCCUAUAUGGGGACGGGCCACAACGCCGUAUAUAACAUUCAGCUUCGCUACCGGUGGAGCUGGCUUCUGUUUAAGUUCCGUUGCGGUACGCCGAAUUAAAUCAAAAAUCAGCAAACAGUAUGGAGGAGCAGGAUUGGAGGCAUUGUGCCGGAAGAUGUCGGGUUUAGCCGAUGAUGUGGCUAUUGGAUAUAUUACCGGUUAUUACAACAUUACACUGAUGCAGAUGCCGCAAUUCCAUUCCCAUUUGGAGAAGUUGUCGACGCUGUCCACACAAGAUAUUCGAGAAGCGGUUACUCUUAGCUAUACAAAAUAUCGGAGUUACGAAAACACCGUCUCUCUUCCACCGGACGUUCUCCUGCCAAAGAACACCGAUCCCACAAGGUUUUUAUCGGCGCAUAAAUUUUUGCGAGCGCCAUGUUGACCGGUACGGAUUCAAGCACGAUGCAGCGUUGACAUUUUUGCCAAUCCAAAGAAAUUGUGAUCUUUUCUGUCGGUUUUUUGUUCCUUUCCGCCAAUCUGGAGUGCCUUUUAAAAGAUCAGUGUGAUUGCUCUUUUACUCUCAUUUAAGCAAAUCAAAAUUACUCAGAACGCGUCAGAAUGCCCAGAUGAUAAAAUCGGUUUGCCGUGUUACUGCUCAUAAAUUAUUGUACUUUGCACUGCUGGCAUGCAAUACUACUAUAGCGAAGUUUGUUGCAGUUCGAUCAACUGCUUAAAUCCAGCAGAUAAUUCCGGUAAAAAAAGUUACUGAAUAAAAGCUGAUUUAU